AUGAAGACAUCCGAUCAAAAAUUAAAUCUUUCGAUAAAGAAUGAGGGAGAGAGAGAGAGAGAGAGAGAGAGAGAGGAUGGCCAAAAAAAGGGUAGUUCACAUGAGGACGCCGGCGACGUUCCGGAGAGCCUUCCGGGCGAGGUCGAACCUCGCCCGCGAGGCGGCGUCGCCGACCACGUGGCGGCUUAUGAAGAAUUCAAGGCCCCCGCGGAGUGCCUCCAGCUCCGGCGGCCCGGCGACCCUCGUGAAGACGGUCCACACGACGGCGUCGGCGGCCGCCAGCAGCGCCUCGAACAUCAUCCGAAAAUGCAUCACCUUCCGCGCCGCCAUCGCCCCCCCUAAGUCAACGGCCUUCAGUGCCGCCAGCGGCAGCGCGAAUGACGUCAGCAUCUCCGCCGUGAACCUCGCCAGGUUCAGGGACCGCCCCAGCUCCAUCCCCUCCAGCUCCUUGUAG